ACUGUCAAAUGCCGCCGAAACAAACUUUUGUUGACCAAACUUUUGCGCUACAAUUGUUGCGGUAUAAAAAUAGUAACAGAAAUACGCUAAAUGUAAUUGAACGAUUGAUAUGUUACUUAAUCAAAACAGUGUCCUUUAUUUGCUGAGUUCUAUGCGUUCUGUGCUUCGUCUCUUGCAGCCGAAAAAAAUUGCAGCGACUGUCGACGUAGCAGGUAAUAGCAGGAUGUUUUCGAUGGGCCCAGGAAAUGCUAAAACUUACCCGACAACGUUGGAAGGCUUCGGAUAUGGUUUUACUGAUGAGGGUAAACUGAGGCAGAUUGAUAAGGAAACCGGUAAAUUGACAGAUAAAGCUUUCGACUUCAACAUCUACACCUCGGCGCAGGAAAACCAGGCUCAUUACGAAGCCCUAGGAGAAGUAAUCACCGAUGCUAUCUACGAGAGGUUGGAAAAAGUUGUAGGUUUGAAAAAGAUAUUUUUGCCGGACGAUGUGCCACCAGAAGAAGCCACCUUCAUAUUCAGCACUAAAGAGAAACUGGAUCAACCGAAAAAGUUGCUGGUUUUGAUUCACGGUAGUGGCGUGGUGCGUGCUGGACAGUGGGCUCGAAGCCUCAUAAUCAACCAUUCGCUGGACGCAGGGACGCAGAUUCCGUACAUCAACAAGGGCCGCGAAGCGGGCUACGAAGUGCUGUUGACAAACACCAAUGAUAAUUAUCGUAAAAUCGGCUCGUCAUCGAAAGGAAUCAAGGGCAGCCGGAACCCCACGGAGCACGCCGUGUCAGUGUUCGAAAAGCACGUCAUCGCCAGUAAUCCGCAAGCGGUCGCAAUUGUUGCGCACAGCUAUGGUGGCGUUGUCACCGUAGAGUUGGCUCAGAAGUUUCCGAAAUUUUUCAAGGAGAAGGUGUUUGCGGUCGGAUUCACCGACAGUGUUCACUCGCCCUCGCUUGUUCCCGAAGCGCUGAUUGCGAUUGGUCGCAACUGGGUAACUUCGAAAGAGCCACUCGACACGACGCUAACCAUUUCCAAGCAAGACUUGCCGCGAUACUCAGCAGGUCACAUAAAGCAUGAGAUGACGUCCUACACAUGUAUGGAAGCGUUGUUCAAAUUUUUCGAGCAGAGAUACGAACAGUUUACCGCGAAAGAUGCUAGUCCGGAUUCUAAGAAACCGAAAAGUGAACUGUAACUGUAGGAAAAUCGCUCCUCCCCAACAGUUGUCACGCUUCUUAUUCAUAAGAAAAUCAACCAGCAAGCACCAAGGCGCUGUAUAAAAGUUUUGAUUGUGCGAAUAAAAUUGAGUCCAACAGUAAA